AUGGCUCCAUCUCUACUCAUAUACUCGUUCCUCAUUCUCACAGUCAUCACAUUCUCCACACCCACACAGUCACUUUUUCUAACCCUCGUUAACAACUGCAACUACACCGUCUGGCCCGCCAUCCAGCCCAAUGCCGGCCACCCAGUUCUCGCAGGCGGCGGCUUCGUCCUCCACACCCUCACCCACCAGUCCAUCCCCGUACCCGACACCCAUUGGUCGGGCCGGGUCUGGGCCAGAACCGGCUGCGGUUACAACGGCAACCACUUCUCCUGCGUCAGCGGCGACUGCGGCGGCCGCCUCCAGUGCAACGGCGCCGGCGGCUCCGCCCCCGCCACGCUGGCACAGUUGGAAGUGCAUCACGGUAACGGCGACUUCUCCUCUUACGGCGUUAGCCUCGUCGACGGUUUUAACGUCCCCAUGACGGUCACACCGCACGAGGGGAAAGGCAUGUGUCCCGUCGUGGGUUGUCGUACCGAUUUAGUUGCCACGUGUCCUCCUCCGCUGCAGCACCGUGUACCCGCAGGUCACGGUCCUGUGGUGGCGUGUAAGAGUGGGUGCGAAGCUUUUCACACGGAUGAGUUGUGCUGUAGGAACCAUUACAACAACCCCCAAACGUGUAAGGCCUCGGUGUACUCCACUUUCUUUAAACACGCAUGUCCUUCCACGUUUACCUUCGCGCAUGAUAAUCCUUCGCUCAUGCACCAGUGUUCCUCCCCGCGCGAGCUUAAGGUUAUCUUUUGCCAUUGAAUAUGACAAAGCUCUUUGUGUGUCUCAGGGUUUGUGUCAUUGUUUUAUGACUCAGCUUUGGUUUGUUCAAAUA